AGAGGGAGUGAGGGAGGGGGUUGUUGAAUCAUGUUGUUGUUGACAGCGGCUCUUAACCACCAUGGUAGGAAGGUAGACACAGUUUGUCUCACAGCUCAGGGAUGAAUGAAUGAAUGGAUGAAUGAAUGAUGGAUGAAUGAAGCGAGGCCUAACUCUUUUUUGGGGGGGGGGGGACUGGGACCGAGAGAAGAAGCUGAAGAAGUUCGGGCAAACUGUCUGCGGGACACGCGGCAGUGCCCUGCAGUCAGAUUUCCCCUCCUCCCUCUUUCUCUUUUCGUUUUUCUCUCUCUUUUGACGUUUCCUGGUAACUCGGCGACGACUCGGGACAUUUAUGAUGAAGUUCAAGCCCAACCAGACCAGGACGUACGACGGAGAGGGGUUCAAGAGACGAGCGGCGUGUCUGUGCUUCAGGAACGAAAAGGAGGACGAGGUGCUGCUGGUGAGCAGCAGUCGACAUCCAGACCAGUGGAUUGUGCCAGGAGGAGGAAUGGAGCCCGAGGAGGAGCCGUGUGGCACCGCCGUCAGGGAGGUGUACGAAGAGGCUGGAGUGAAGGGAAAGCUUGGCAGGCUACUUGGGAUUUUUGAGCACAAUGAGGACAGAAAGCACAGGACGUAUGUCUAUACCCUCAUAGUGACGGAGACACUGGAAGACUGGGAGGAAUCUGUCAACAUUGGAAGAAAGAGAAAGUGGUUCAAGGUUGACGAAGCCAUCAAGGUUCUGCAGAUCCACAAGCCUGUCCACGCAGAGUACCUACGCAGACUCCCAAACACCUGUAAUCCAACCUGUGGUCCUGCGUGUAAUCCGACUAACGGCAUCGGCCCGAGCUCCCGCGUGACGGACAACAACACUCCUCACUACGUUGUUUGCGCUUCACAGGGUUCAGAUCUAGUCAACAGAUAGGCUCGUCGCCAGCAGCGAGCAUGUCUUCUGAGAGGACACCAAGAUGGACAUAUGAUGUGGAAAAAACUUCUGCAUUCAUUACAUUACUAACGAAGCCUCUUAACAUGAACAGUACAGACUUCUUGAAGUCGAUUUGAAACCCUUGUGAAGUGGGCUUGAAGAGUGCCAAAUUUCUUUUCAAGUAUAUUUAAGAUUUUAUGUAUAUUUUUGACCAACCAGCACCAGCUAAAACAGAGAAUGUGUUGCUUUAAAGAGUUCGGCUUAAGAGGGUUUUUCUCAGUGUGCUGCUUAUGCGCUGUAAAGAUCCUCUCUGGUCUUUCAUGCUGAAUAUUUGAUUGGCAGUCUGACAGGGUUGGUUGGUCCUCUGGAAGCCAGUGAUAGUGUGUUUGCUCUUAGAGGAAGUCCUAUCCUCCGCCGUGACUCAUUGCUAGAUUGUGUCAUUCUGCGAGACAUUUUGAAGAGGAAUAGAAACAUGUAGAAUUUUUUUUUUUUUUACUGCAGAUCAUUAUUUUGGGGAGCAAAACUAUGUCACCUCACCACCAGCCAACAGACUGAAAUUAAGCCUUAAAAUGGUCUUGCCUCACACAUCCUUACAUUUGUACAUAUCGUUAAAGUUGUACGGCUAACUGUUAAAUUAAGCCUGGCACAGUUGAGAUAAAUAUCAGCUUCUGCGUAGUGGAACAGACCUGCAGUCAAGUACUCAAAACUUACCAAUGUUCCAAAGAAAGACAGUAUCUAACACUACAAAUGAUCACAUCAUACAUGAACAUGAUACAUACCUUUUCAAUAAGUUAUAUGACACGUGAAAUCCUGUUGAACAUUACAGAAGAGAUUUACAGUGUGAUUUGCUUUGGUCUGAUCAUUCUAAGUGCCUUCACAAACACAACAGUAAAGUGUAUUUAGUCUAUACAAACUGUACAUCCUGCAGCAUUGGGUAGAUUUAGGGACCGUUAGGAUGUUGAAGGAAUCUUGGGUUUGCUGUUACGAUCGGAUGCACAGUAUUUAGUACGCUGGAAUUUAAAUGUCUCAUUGGCAAAUGUGUCCUGCCACAAUAAACUGGAAAGAAAGAAGCUAAGUCAGUCAGAUGGUCAGUACAAAUGAUGUUUCCGUUUCACUUAUGUGACGGUCUUUGUACUCAGGAGCAUUGGAAUUUAAUAAAUAACUUCUUCUCUA